CCUCCCCCCAAAGCCCACCCCCCGAAACCAACCCAUUCCUUGGCUCAUGGCGGACGCGGAGGAGGGCCGAGAGUUGACGCAGCUGGCGGCGGCGGCGGUGCAAGAUGAGUGGUGCCAGCUGCUGAUCUUGCGGGAGCAGGUCUCGCGCCGAGAGAGGCAGGCGACUUACUGGCAGCACCUGAAGACCUUGGGGGCCGACACCCAGCGAUGCGCGCAGUGCGACUCGGGGCUCAUGGGUUUGCAGACGGUGCUGGUGGCACUCCAUCAGCUCUGCCAGCUGCUUCUGGACGCUGAGGACUUGGACUUUGUCAGCGAGACAUUGCUGGCCUUGGCAGAGGUCUCAGCCCCUCUCAUCGCCCAGAUCCUGGCGGCCGCGGAGCUGCCGAAGGAGGGGAGCGCCACCUUCCCGGUGCUCCAGUUCCAGCUCCAGGAGCUCUCAGAGUACUUGGCGGAGGUGGCGCAUGCACCGCGACGCCGCAGACCACCCAUGUGAGGAGCGGCAACCAAUCUCUGACUCCAGACAGGAGCAAGCUGCCAGUGAUAGGGACUCAAAAAGGGUCCAACUCAAACUCGUUUUUCACACCAAAACUCCGGGAUCUCCAAGAAAACAGCUGUUUUCUUGUUGAUGUUCUUUUUGCACAGGGGCCCCACCCUUCAUCGCCUUUGCUCGCAAAGGCGAGAGCGGUUGGCGUG